UGCUACUUUUGUAACACUCCUAAGCUUGUUGGCAACGGCUACAAUUGCUACUGGCAAUGAGAAUGAUCACGAAUGUUGCAUAUGGCACAGACAGAGACACAUCAUUGCAGCCAAAGAGAUUCGUCGUUACAUUUAUGCGGCAACUAACCAUUGGCUUCAGUUUAUCAAUGGCAAUGAACAUGAUCUAAAGUCCGCUGCGUUUCCACAAACACAGCAACUUGUUGUUGUCAUGACAACAUCAGAUCCAGCAAUCACUGAAUUUUAUGAUGGAGAUGUCUCUACACUUGAAGAUCUCAAGCCUGAGAGUUAUUACCUAUUGACAACAGAGAAGGCAGGAUCACGACGUCUUCUCAUUGCUGGAGCUGAUGACGUUGGUGUGUUGUAUGGAGCUUACGCUUUGGCUGAAAAAUUUGGAGUUUACUUUCGACUUUAUGGAGACAUUGUUCCUGAUGCAUCGCUGAGAGUAGCUGGGAAGUUUGUGUUGCCGGAUGUGAAUGAAGUAGGACAACCAGAAUUUGAGAUACGAGGACUGCAACCAUUCCAUGACUUUCCUGAAGGCCCAGAUUGGUGGGGAGAAGAUGAAUACAAAGCCAUCAUAUCUCAAAUCAGCAAACAGAAAAUGAACUUCAUUGGACUCCACACAUACCCCUACAGCCCCACACCAGGAACAGGAAGAGACGAGCCAACCGUUUGGGUCGGCCUCACCGAUGAUUUGAAUGGUGAUGGGACUGUGAAGAAGAGUUAUCCCUCAAGUUAUGCCAACACACUUCGUAACCAGUGGGGAUACACAAGCUUGUCAACUAGAAACUACUCGUAUGGAUCCAGACAGCUGUAUGAGAUGGACUGCUAUGGCAGUAGUGUUCAGCUUGGAAACUGCCCUUAUCCAACCAAUAUGAGUGGCAAUAAUCAAGUGUUUGAUGAAACUGGGAGAAUGUUGAAGGCAUCGUUUGAGCAUGCUCAUACAGUGGGAGUUAAGACUUGUAUUGGUAGCGAGACGCCACUUAGUAAGCCAGCAUCUACGAUAGCGCCCUUGAACUUGUACUAUAGUAAGACAAGACAAGACAACUUUCUUACAACAACACAGUGUGCAGAAUGUGAGAACUUGUACGAGUUUGUUCGUAUUGAGGGAUAUGUUUACACUUCACCAUUUCCUCAAUCUAUACCACUAAGCACCUACUACAAUGGUCAACUACAGGACAAUGUACUUAGCCCAACAUCACCAGGACAAGGUUAUGGGUUUGUGAGGAUUGAAGGUUAUGCAUUUCCACUGAACAUUUCAUUACAAGGAAACGUAACCAAGUUGUCUACGUACUAUAAUGCUGGUAUUCAUGAUCAUCUUUCUGUUUCAAGUUUGGAGGGUGUGGAAUAUGCUCGAGAUCAUGGGUACACUUUGAUUGGUAGUGUUGCCGCUGUGUAUGUGAAUGCCAGUGUUGCUACAACACAGGAUUAUUAUGAGGGUAUAUUCACACGGAUCCAACGACUAGAAAUUCCAUUAGACUACUACUGGAUAUGGACGCCCGAAGGCUGGGAAGGCGGCCAUACAAAUGCAAAUGAUGCCGUGUUUCACGAGGCUGUGAGUGACCUUACGGCAGCUGCUCAAGCCAGCGAUGCAGUGAAAGCAUCAUUCAAGCUUGCGACUUGUGGGUGGGUCGUCGGUCCUCUUCCUGAUAGAAGCCUAUUUGAUAAAGUCCUUCCUUCUCAAUAUUCUGCUAUUACUUCGAUUGAUAUGGCUGUAGGGAAUACUGCAGUUGAUCCAGCAUAUGUGAACAUUACGAAGCACGACAAGUGGGCUAUUCCUUGGAUGGAGGACGAUCCUGGACUAACGGCUCCUCAACUUUGGAUCAAUCGUACGUUGCAGCACAUGGAAGAUGCUAAGAAAUAUCAAUGCCAGGGACUACUGGGAAUACAUUGGCGUACAACUCAAACAUCUCCCCAAAUAGCAGCAAUGGCACAGAAAUCGUGGAAUUCCAAUCUAACAAGCGAAGUAUUCUGGCUAUCUUGGUCAAUGCAAGAGUUUGGCAUUUCUGACGCUUCAUCUGUGUUCACAAAAAUUGAGAGCUUUAACUUGCCUCGUCCAGUCACAUGGUCUGGUGGUCCAGGAGCCCUACACCCAGACAGUGGCCAGUGUAUGUGGGAUGCAAAGUAUGCAUUUGUGGAUGAGCUGAGUAGCAUGAGAAGCAAAGUACAAGGACAAGCAAGCAUAGACAGGUUUGAUUAUUGGCUCAACACGUUUAAAUACAUGCAAGCAAUUAGCAGGACGGAAUGUGUGUGGGCUGAGUACAACACUGUGAUCCAGCAAAUCAACAAUGAAAAAGAUGUAAAGCAAAAGCAGUUGAUUGCCAAGCAGAAAGCUUUACCCAUUCGAAUUCAACUUGUUCAGAAUGCAACUGAUAUGAUGACAUAUUUACUCCAGACUGUUAGAUCAACUGGUGAACUUGGUACAAUUAUGAAUGUGAUGUCUCACAGCCUUGUUCAUGCCAUCAACGAGCAAACACCUCGACUGCAAUCAUAUUUACAACAUUCUCUACCUCCACAAGCAAUGCCAUCACAACAAUACAAAGGACCACCGAAACUCAUUGUCACCACUGUAAGGACCAUGGUACAGAAAUCCGAGACACUUCGUGUUCGAGCUGCUGUUCUUUCUCAAACAACAGUAGACCGUGUAACCGUAAACGUCCGUCAGAUGAAAAAUGCAAACAGUGGCUUCACACAAUAUUCUCUCCAGCGUCUAAAUGCAGACCGAAAUGUGUUUGAGAUACGACUUCCACAGCAGAGUGACGACUUUGAGUACUACAUUGACAGUAUGACUGGAAAUGAGCAUCUCGUGUGGCCACCAGGAGCUCCCGUCAACACACAAACAGUCAUAACUUACUGAUGUGUGUGUGUGUCAGCAUCUCAUCGCCGACCUCACUUUUUAUGUUUCACUGUUUGCUUUGAUUCUAUUUUUGUGUUAGAGAAACAUGUUAUAUUCAUGUGUUGUCAUUGCUAAAGUUACUAUCUGUUGAUAUGAUC